UUAAUAAUCAGUCAUUGAUUUGAACUUCAAAGUUAAAGUGAAAACCUCGUGGACGCCAUUUUCUUUUGUCUGUUUUGUCUAUACGAACUUACUUCUUUAUUAAUUUCUUUAUCGAAAGGUUAUUAAUUUUUUAUGCUUAGUGAACUAUAAAAUACGUGAAGAUGGAAGAUCAGUGGAUAACAUUAGAUGAAGAUACUAAUGUGACAAUUGUGAACCGAAAAAAAUCUUACGAAAUUUCUAAACAAAAGCUAUCAUCCAUUCCUUAUUUUGUGAAAUUAUUUUCCCAUUCUAAUUGUGAUACAACCAAAAUAGAACUUGACCUUGAUGAAAGUUCAUUUGAUAAUAUUAUCGAGUUUAUUCUGGAUAAUCAUCUAUCGAUUUCCAUUGAAAGUGCUUUAUCUAUGGUAGAAACUGCUGAUUAUCUCGGAAUGGACGAAAUUAAACAGAAAUAUUAUGAUUUCUACAAAUCAAAUUUCAACAUCAAAUCAUUGGAAGAGUUCUUGGAUUUUUAUGAGAAACGUAAAUCUCCUGAAAUGUUUACUGUUGAGAAGCUCAAUUCUUUCAUCGGAAAGUAUUUUCUUCCAAUUUCUCAUACAAUUGCAUUUCGAAAAUUUUCUGUUUCUCUAUUAGAACGCAUAUUAAAACUAAAAUUGAUUGUUUCUUAUGAGUAUCAAAUAGUUGAAGCUAUUGACCGAUGGAUCAAAUUCGACGAAAAAGAAAGAAAUCAAUGUCUACCUCGCCUCAUUAAACUCGUUAAUCUUUGUCAUCUAAAAGACAGUGAGAUGGCAAUUGUAACCGCAAAGCUCAAAAAUUCUGAGCUCGCUGUUGAUACUUCACAUUCUCCACAUGCUUGUCUACCAAAAUUCUGCCAAUCUGAUUGUAAAAUUGAUCGACACUAUUACAAGUCGUUGAUCUCAGUUUUUGAAUUAGAUGAAGAUAAAAUUAAUAUUCGACGCUUGUGUUUAAGUUCGCACCUCUGGACUAAAUAUGGUCAAUUCACUCGAGAUGAGACAAUGUCCACUUCUCUGAUUGAGGCUGAUCAUAUCGUCGAUAUAAUCUAUGAUUCCGGAAGAAAAGGUAUUCGAGUAGAUUUGAUUUCAAAGAAAUUCAAAUAUCUCAAAAUGUUUGGUGGUGACGAUUCUUAUUAUGGUCAAGUUUACAGAUAUAUCACCCAUGAUACUCGUCCUAAAAAUACUUGUGUAAAGAUCAAAAAUUCGAGUGAAUCGCGUUAUGCACGUUUCAUUGUACAACGUUUGGAAGCCAUUUCUCUAGGUGAUCACUUGGAAGGAAUUUGCUAUGGACAUGGAGAUCACAUUGAUUCUAUCGGUUUUGGCGAUGAAAGCUGUAGUGAUGAAUCUAUUUUUUCUGACGAUUCUGAUUGUUGCGAAAAAUCUUAUUAUUAUCUCCAGUCUUUGGAUUAUCGAAAACUAUCUUGUUGUGAAUUCCAAGCAGCGGUUCAAACUCGUUCAUGUCUAUUAUUGAAGCAGAAUAACGAUUCAGAAUUGCAAAAAGUUUUGUACAUUUUGACAAAACGUGAUUUCCGUCGACAGUUUUUACUAGAACAUAAGAGUAACAUAAAAUUACUUGACCAUUUGUUCCUGAAAGAAUUCAUCGAAGCGAUUCUCUUGAUCAUAUUGAGCUGAUUUCUCAUGAAAAUUCACUUCUUAUUUGUAACAAGGAAACGAAAAUGAUCUAUUCCUAUGUGAAAGACACAGACUAUUGGAAAUUGAUGUCUAAAAUUGAAUCUCCUGAAAAGAUGAUUACGAUUGCAUCGAUCUAUUUGCCUUUGAUCGAGAACAAUAACUAAUUGUCGCUCAAUUUAAAACAUUAAUGUUCAAUCACUUGAAACAAUUAAGUUUGAUUGACUUUUCUUAAUGUAUGUGAUAAUUUUCACUUUCAUAUUUUAUUGUUGCUUCUUAAUUCAAUUCCAUUAAAACCAUCCAACUCAUUAACACGUAAAAAUCAUAAA